AUGCCAUAUUUCCCCAAUAUCAGUAAAAUGAGCAACAAAAUGAGCAGCAACACAUCUUUGGAUAACACAUCCGAUCAGGAUUAUAGUGAAUUUCUAAAUGAGUAUUUGUUGCAGACCCACUCGCCGCACAAUGAACCGGAAACUCAUUAUGAAGAGGGUGAAUUUGAGGCUGAGUGGCUAAUUGCUGCCGGUUUUCCACAAUUAACCAAACCAUUUGAACAGGGUCUUGAAUUGAGAACCUCUGAAUUGGAACCGAUUUUAGCGUCCUUGUCCAAACCUCAUGCCGAUGCCAUCAAACAAAGAGUUCGUACACUCAAUCAAACGGUACGAGGUCGUACCAAGAAUCGCCAGAAACGUAAACCCGAUAUCAGAGAUGUUUUUCGAGACUUUGAUGAAUCAAGUACAGGUACGAGAUCACGUAGUGCUACACCCGAUUCAUUGGAUUCCAUACAAGGUGAUGAAGUCUGGGGCAAUACAUCCAUACCAAGUUUUGUUAGUAUCUUCGAUCACAAUGCGACACCAGAUAAUGGUAACGGUCAUUCACCACUAUUUUCGGGAAAAAGUCUUAAACAGAAAUUACGUCGUACACCAAGUGCUCCGAUAAAAGGUUCUACCGAUAUAUUUCGUGGUAAUCAUGUACGCUGUGAUAUACCCAUGUACUCGGCCGAGGGUAUUGAACUAUUGGGAUUUUCGCGUAUUGGUACCAUACACAUACCAAGGAAUCGGAAUCGUUCCGGUUCGGAUCCAUCAUGUUCAGUGGGCCGUGCCCGAGGCGAAAUGAUGACCCAGGAUUCUCAAAGUGAUAACAACACAUCGUCAAGUGAUUCCAGUGAUGAAUGCCUUUCGAAUCAUCAAAGGUUAUCGAAUUCAUCCACCCCGGAAUCAUCACCCCAAAAGAUUUUGAAUAAAAUCCAUUUAGAUACACCGCCCCAGAGUGUACAGAAUUCACCGUCAUCGCGUGAUGGUAUUAGCUUUGAGAGUAUGUGCCGUGAGACCUCUAGUCAAGAUGGAGUGGAUACUGUCGAUAGCAGUGAUUUAUCAUUGGAAUUUUACUCCGACAUUGAUACCAUAAAUGAAACCGAAUUGAAGCGUUUACAACCUUUGUUCUGGUUGGAAUUGGCUUCCAUAUUCGAUCGCAAUCACGUCCAAUUGGAUAAACGGAAACCCGUCAAACGACGCCGCAAGGAAGAAGGCAAACUGUUUGGUGUCUCCUUGAAUGCUCUGAUACGCCGUGAUCAACAGAUCACGGGUACAGAUUCAACAUUGGUGCCCUUGUUCUUGGAGGGUCUAUUGGAUGAAUUGAGCAAACGCGGUGCCCGUGAAGAAGGUAUUCUACGUGUCGCUGGACAUAAACAAAAGACUGAAUUACUUUACCAGGAACUUGAAUCGAGUUUCUAUCAAAAACCAAAAAAAUUCCAACAGCUGCUCAGUGCAGCCAGUGUCCACGAUUUGAGCGCUCUGCUCAAACGUUGGCUACGUGAACUACCCCAACCCCUGCUCACCAAUGAACUCAUCCAGUUAUUCUAUCAGUGUCAUGCCCUCCCGCCCACAGAUCAAGCCAAAGCAUUGGCGAUUAUUUGCCAAAUGUUGCCACACGAGAAUCGCAACACACUGCGUUGCCUGCUGCGUUUCCUCAACUAUGUGAUCGAUCAAAAGGAAAUGAAUAAAAUGAAUUUGCAUAAUGUUGCCACAAUUAUUGCACCAUCAUUCUUUCCACCACGAUUUGUUCAUCCGAUCGAUAAGAAUAGCAUAGAGGAUCAGGUGAAAAUGGCAGCACAAUGUUGCCGCCUCACAAAUGUGCUGAUAACGCGAGGCGAAUCACUAUUUCAAGUGCCAAAUAAUCUGAUAGAAGAAUCCAAAGCAUCGAAUAAACGGCAGGGCAAACGUGGUCUACAUCGACGGGUAAAGGCUACCACAUCCCUGCUGCAUGUGAGCAGUUCUCCCAUCAGUAAUAAUAAUAACAAUAACAACAACAGUAGUAAUAACAAUAACAACAAUAAUAAUAUUCAUCAUCACAACAAUACCACCAGUACCACCAUCUCGAUCGCUUUGUAA